CCCCACUCCAGGAAGUGCGGGGGCUACGGCCGCCCGGCUGGCUGCAAUGCAUUCUGGGAACGCAGCAGCACCAGAUCCAAGAUGGCGGCCAGCAGGAGGCUGAUGAAGGAGCUUGAAGAAAUCCGCAAAUGUGGGAUGAAAAACUUCCGUAACAUCCAGGUUGAUGAAGCUAAUUUAUUGACUUGGCAAGGGCUUAUUGUUCCUGACAACCCUCCAUAUGAUAAGGGGGCCUUCAGGAUCGAAAUCAACUUUCCAGCAGAAUACCCAUUCAAACCACCGAAGAUCACGUUUAAAACAAAGAUCUACCAUCCGAACAUUGAUGAAAAGGGGCAGGUCUGCCUGCCAGUAAUUAGUGCUGAAAACUGGAAGCCAGCAACCAAAACCGACCAGGUAAUCCAGUCCCUCAUAGCACUGGUGAAUGACCCCCAGCCCGAGCACCCCCUUCGGGCUGACCUAGCUGAAGAAUACUCUAAGGACCGUAAAAAAUUCUGUAAGAAUGCUGAAGAGUUUACAAAGAAAUAUGGGGAAAAGCGGCCUGUGGACUAAAAUCUGCCAUGAUUGAUUCCAGCAAGUGUGAGCAGAGACCCCAAGCAGUGCAUUCAGACACCCGCAAAGCAGGACUCUGUGGAAAAUUGACAUGUGCCACCACCUGGCGUUCACUUGUGGCAGUUACUAACUUUCUACAGUUUUCUUAAUCAAAAGUGGUCUAGGUAACCUGUAAAGAAAGGAUUAAAAAUUUAAGAUGUUCUAGUUCUGCUUUCUUUGUUUUUAAAAAAUCACUGCUUCAAUCUACUUUUUUAAAAAUGGUGUUUCUUUCCCAAAUUUAUCCAAAAUCUUUAAUUUACAUUUAGUCCUUAAGGCUUAAAAAGGAGGAAAAAAAAAUAGGUUGCUGUUCCCCAUUCCCCCUGCCCUUGAAACUCACACUUUCUUGAAUGCAGUUUUAUUUUUCACUUCUUCACUUCUCCAGGCCCAGGAUCAGUGUCCUCUGCAAAGGAGAAGAGAUGGUGCUAGUAUUUCUGGUGGCGUCUCAUCUCCUCUGUUGGCACUGCCUGGUGUAGGAGUUGGUUCAAAUUCUCCUGACUCCAAUAACAUACUUUACUUUUUUUUUUUUUUUUUUUUUUACUUUUAAAUAAGCAAACCACUUACCCCACCCUGCCCUCAAAAUUUUUCUUGAAAAAGGAGGCAUAGCUGUUAUGCAAAAGAUCUGGCAAAUGUUAUAACAGUAACACUGAUGGGAAAACAUGGAUGUCUGUGUACGUGAUUGAACUCUGACCUGGCCUGCUUGGGGAAGCCAUGCACUGUCAGGGUUGUGGUCACCCCAGGGGAGGGCCUGCCUGCCAACCAGAAGACACUGUGCCCUUGUGUUAGGGAUUUCUCACCAGAGAGGUUCCUGCGGCCCACGGUUAGCACUCCUGCAGCCACUUAGAAGAUUACUGGUCACUGCAGACAACACAAAAGCCAGAAUAUCCAUUUGAAAAUCCACGCUUAUCUGUCUCCAAACUCCAUCUGAAUGUGCCAGGGAGCUCUCUGCAACUCCUCAAGGCCAGCCUUUCUUCUUUCGGCAGUUUGACCCUGUAUAGGGUUGAAAUUGGCAGGACUCAGCCAUAGCCAGCGCCAGUCUGGAAUUGCCAGUGUCCUGCUGAUCCCUUUGGAGCACUCAGGCCAGGAACAAGAUGGCCUCUCUCUCCCUUUGGACUCACAACCUCUGCAGAGUCAAGCUCCGUUUGAAGCUCACUCAGUAAUAUCCUUUACAUGUGUUUUAUAUGGUUUUGACUGCCUUUUUUUGUAGAAAUAAAAAUUGACCUUAGAAUUUAUCAUCAGAUGAACUUGUAAGGAUUUGAAUGUUAAUAUCUUUUCUAAACAAGUGGGACUGUCCCUGAAAUAGAGAAUACAUGUCACUGACACCCAGAGGAAGCCAUUGGUCCAAAUGCCAUGUAUCACCAACUCCACUUCUGCUGGUGGCUUCCAUUCUUGGUUAACAGGGAGUCUAGAUCCAUCCAGGGAGAUGACUUAAAAACUUUGCUUUCUGUUUUGAUUUUAGUUCUCUAAUUUGAGACCUUUCCAGGGCUUAUAGACCUGUAUGAACUUGGUUUUACCUGUGCAGAAGAUAAUGGGUAGGAUAGACAGUAUGACUAUUUAGUUGUUCAGGCAUGUGACCCCUGCGGGUGUCAAUGAAUUCCGCUUCUUUAGUCCUAGGAUUGUCAGGAGCACGUCCUGGAGACUACCGUGUGCCCAGCAAGAGCAGUGGGCCAGUGUUUCCACAUCUCUCUUCACUAGCAGAAAGGUGAUGGACUUUAUUUCACUUGUGCAGACUUAUAAUAAAAUGCCAAAUUCUGUCAGAAGCUAUCUGGAUAAGUCACCAUUUGUUCUUGCUUCUCUGAAUCUAAAAAUAUCACCAUCCUUGGAAACUCCCAUUGCUUCAUGUUUCUACCAACUUAGCUCUGCCCGCCUGUCACCCCCUCACUUCUCUGCUCAACACGGGAGAAUACCUUUGUCAAAGUCGGCAGCCCACCUCAGGGACUCUCAACAGAGGCCUGGCCCUCAGAGAGCAAGGCAGUGGGUGGUCCCUCCCUUGGGCCUGGGCAGCUUGGUCCAGCCAACCAGGAGUUCUGGGCACAGCCCACCGGCCAGACUUUGCACGCACAGGAGAGCAGCCCUGGCUGUUCACAACCAAACAGCUGGGUCCUCUUAAGAAAGGGGAGAGCAGCCACUGCUGCCCUAAGGCCACUCAGGAAUUCACCCCUCUGGUUCUUCUGAAGUGAAACGCACCGGCUCCUCCCCACCCCCAUACCCCUCCCCUUCAAAGAUGUUGCGAUCCUGGUCUGCUGCCCUUAAUAAAAAUGCUCUCCAACUUUG